AUGGUGAGGACUCGUACAUCUGUAAGUGAUGAUCAGGAGCCUAUCCCUGUACCUGCUUUUGGGAGCACUGUUCGAGGUAGAGGCAGAGGAUGAGGUUGAGGUUGAGGUCAAGGUCGGGGCAGGGGUCGUAUUGCAGUACCCGUGGAAGUCCAAGUACCAAUAACUACCCAGGGUCAUGAUAGGACUGUACCUCCUGAUGCAGAUGUUAUUCAUUGGGAUGUACAGGACCAUAUAGAGGGGGAUUGUCCAGCUCAGGCUCCACCCUAUAUUAUUGCUACCCUAGUGCUUCAAGAUACCUUGGCAUGUAUGUUAGGACUUCUAGAGGGGAUGGCUCAGGCGGGAACUUUUCAUGUCGCCUCUGAUGCUCCACAUACCCGUGUUGGAGGUCAGACUUCAGAUCCCAUGGUUGCUCCAGAUUCUCAGAAUUCCAAGACUCGGCUAGCUGCUGUUGUAGCUCUCCGUUUAGAUAGUAUAGAAUUGACAGGUAUUGCGUCACACUUGGCGAACAUGCCUUCCAUGAACGUUGAUGAACAAAAGAUGUUUGGGAGGUUUAGACUAAUGAAUCCUCUGACUUAUAUUGGUGACUUAACUGAGGAUGCAUAUGAAUUUAUUGUUAGUUGUCAUGAGAGGUUUCAUAAUCUUGUAUUAGUGGAGUCUCAUGGAGUUGACUACACAACAUUUCAGAUGACUGGCUCUUCCAAGCAAUAG